AUGGCGUCGAAGACAUUAGUUUGGUUGUUUUUUAUUUACAUCGGCGCGUGCAGCUGCCAGCAUGUCGUUCCUAAGCCGUUCGAGCACCACGGAAUAUGCAGGAGCAUGUUCUGCAACUCUAUGGAGGCGCUGGCCCGUCUGGAGAACUGCACGGUGGUGGUGGGCAACCUCCACGUGCUGCUGCUGGAGAAGACGAGGCGAGAGAAUUUCACCAACGUCGCCUUUCCCAAGCUGAAAGAGAUUACAGGUUUCCUGGUGGUCUAUCGGGUGCGCGGUUUACAGAGCCUCGCCCAACUGUUCCCCAACCUGGCGAGGAUUCGAGGGGCGCAGCUGCUUUACAAUUACGCCCUCAUCGUCUACGAUAUACCAAACCUUAAGGAGAUUGGACUCUACAAUCUGCUGAAGAUCGAUAGGGGCGGUGUGGUCGUGUGGGGGGCGUCGCAGGCGUGCUUUAUAGACACCGUGGACUGGGAGGCGAUAGCCCCCGGCUCGAGGCAUGUCCUCAGCGCUGACAGGCACGCCUACUGCAGCCCGCGCUGCACCUGCACCUCCAACCCGUCGACCAACCACUGCUGGAACAACAGAAAAUGCCAACGCUACGUAGAGGGUCCCGAAGGCGAGAGAUGCGAGAGCCAGUGCCUCGGCUGCCGCAAGACGAACGGCAGCGAAUGCACUUUGUGCCGGCACAGCACGUACAGUGGCCGAUGUGUUGCCAAGUGUCCCAGCGGAACAGUCGUGUUACCAGUAAAUUCGUAUUGUGUGACAAUUGAGGAAUGCAAUACACUCGGCGGGUGGCCAUGGGACAACGCUUGUGUGUUCGAAUGUCCUGUCAAUUAUGUGAAGGAGAACUCAUCUGAUAGCAUAACCUGUAGACGGUGUGAUAACUGUACAGAGACUUGUGGGAGUCAAUUCAUCCGUAGCAUAGAAACGUUACAAGCGGCCGGACGUUGCGUCUACAUAAAUGGAUCUCUCAAAAUACACAUCUCAUCGAUACCCGAAACGGCCAAGGAAUUGAGGACGCACCUCAGUGCGUUAAGGGAGGUGUCCGAUUACAUUAUGGUAUACGGAUCUAUUAUGAUAACUUCAUUAGAUUUCCUGCCAUCUCUGAUGCGUAUAGGCGGUAGAAAAUUGUAUAGGGGCAAGUACAGCUUCGUUGGGUACGACAUGAGGAAUCUGCAGUCGCUUUUAAUGGCGAACGUGACCCGAAAUCUCAAGGUCGAUCGGGGGACGGUGAACUUCUACGGGAAUCCGAUGCUCUGCAUGAGCCAAAUAGAGAUGCUGAAGACUGCCUUUCCAAAGCAGCCCAACGAAAUAGACGUUCCGCAGGGGAUGAAUGGUUACAGCGGGGGUUGUCAAGAAGUGUCUUUGGGUCUUCAAGUGCGGGUCUUGAAUGAGACCUCAGCUUUGGUCAUGUUUUCGCCUAUCCCUGACGAAGAUGUGCAUUACUCCGUUCUCUAUGUGAAACUGCCUCACGCGUUGGGCGCGUCUUUCGUGCCGGAGACUUGCAGCGAAUCGGAAUGGAACGCAGUGGAGGUGUCCAGUCACAUAGAAAUGGUCGCACUGAAUUCGUUGCACCCCGCGUCUAAUUACGCCGUCUGCGUGGAAACAUACGACCUAGUGCACAGAAACCUCGCGAGAAGCUCGAUCCUAAGCUUCCAGACUGAGGUUGGGAGGCCGGAACCGCCGUUUAUUGUGGAGCUCGUCGCUUCGUCGCCAGAAACUAUUGUCGUACGUUGGGUGGAUCACAAAGACUACCAGUCCCACAUUGUACACUACGAGCUAGAUGUGAAUUUGAUAGAAAUCUAUUCCAAAGACAUCGCCAUGAGGGAUCAUUGUAAAUAUACGAAUGCGGAUGAUGACGAACUGGACUAUUCCCGGCACGCGGUCGUAUCGAGGCCGCCCUCGAAUUACAAUAAGGGCUGCGAAUCGACAUGCGGCGUUCUGUCAUCGGUAACAGAAGGGGCAUUGGUUGAGGAGCGCUUCGAAGUUUGCAGCGGCCAUGAUUUCGAAUGCGACUUCGAAAUCAACCACCGCUCAAAUUCGAGUUACGGGAGAUACGUGAAGAGCUUAGCUUUGAACAUACAGGGCCCUAGGAACGACUUCCAAGUGGGCGGACUAGCGCCGUUUCGGGACUAUAAAUUUAAACUCAGAGCUUGCACUGAAGGCAGCUGUAGCCGAUCUACCAGAGGUGUGGUUAGGACACUAAGGAAGGACGGUGCGGAUAUCCCCAGCAUUACUUUCGCAGAGAUAAACUUGACUGGUUCCGUCACCGUUCAGUGGGAGCCGCCUCCAGAAUCCAACGGACCAAUAUUGGCGUACCGAGUAGAAGUGUUGCCGAAAGUAAUAUUGAACGACAUCAACAACGUUUUGCCGCAAGCGUGGUGUGUGCCCAGUAACAACACCAGUGUAAACGUCAAGUCGGAGCUGGCAACGAAGUACUUAAUAAGGGUUUGCGCGUCUACCCUGGGCUCGAGUAAAGCGUGCAGCGCUUGGAGAAACACCUACGUGUCCUUGCGUACAUAUCCCAUGUGGUGGUGGAGCGGCAUUAUCGUUGGUAUACUCCUUUACGCCGCAUCCAGCGCGAUGGGAUGGUUCUGCGGCGAACGGCGACGUCCCACUGACAGUUAUCCGUUAAUCGACAUCCGUCAAAGUGCCAGAAGCGAAUCGGAACCCCCCAGUUUCAUGAUGACGGAUUUCGCACCACUCUACUCGUUGCCACUGCGUGAUACACAGCUAGAA